AUGGAUUUCAAUCGAGAUGCAGGAAACGAAACAGUUAGUCAGCUUCAACUCAACAUUCAAAAUUUGAAUCAGCAAGUAAUCCAAUUAGAAUCAUUCAUCACUAAUCUAUCCGACAGCAGUGCAGCUGGACAAAGAGAGCGAGAACUGUUCAAUCGGAAGGCUCACGAUGCUCAAGAACUUUCAAAAGAAACAAAUGCUCUACUCAAGAAGUUGGUCGUGAUGAGCAAUUCCGACAAAAAUCUUCGCGGUGUUCGAGAACGUCUUCAAAAUGAAUACAUUGGAGUCCUCAACCGUCUUCAAGCUUCGCAACGUAGAGCAGCCCAAACUGAAAAGGCUGGAAUGGUGGCAGCAGAAAUGGAUGCACAAGCGGCGGCUGAAAGUGAAAUGUACGGGCAACAGGGAAGACAGGGACAAAUGCAGAUGACUGCUCAGCAAAAGGGAAAUCUGGCUGAUAUCAAAGAACGGCAGAAUGCAUUGCAACAGUUGGAGAGAGAUAUUGGAGAUGUGAAUGCGAUUUUCGCGGAGCUGGCAAACAUCGUUCAUGAGCAAGGAGACAUGGUGGAUUCUAUUGAGGCCAACGUUGAACAUGCUCAAAUUUAUGUGGAACAGGGUGCUCAAAAUGUGCAGCAAGCUGUCUACUACAAUCAGAAAGCACGCCAAAAGAAGCUUCUCCUUCUUUGUUUCUUCAUUAUCCUCAUUUUCAUCAUUGGUUUGACUAUUUAUUUGGCUAAGUAG